UUCAUAUUACUUGUGAAUGUUGUGUCAAAUUUCUCGUUCAGUUCCUAACAAAAUUUCGUGUUUAACAAUAGCCCAGAUUUUUUGUAAGCCCAUCAAAAUGUCCCUAGUUUUUGAUGUUGUCCAGAAAAUUUUUCUGCAGAAAGCAUAUGAUUUAACAUGCGAGGCAGCCAUUUUAGCCUUGAGGAAAUGUGGCAAACUCAAAAUAGAGGACGAUAAGUCAAAAAUAAGGAGUGAAAAGCAAUUGCCUAUGCCGCCUGCCAAGCCAAUUUCCCAGGACGUGGUUUCCCAAAAGAAAAUACCCAGGGUUUCCGAGGUCACCACACCGCUCAAUUUUGUGGGACGGGACAUUCCUCGAAAGAACUUUGGCUCCAUCGAUCCUCCCCAGUGCUCCUGCAUGCGUGUGUGCCGGGAUAGCUACUUCUCUUAGAAAAAGAAACAUCCAUCGCUUAAAAACAAU